AUGUAUGCGGGGCAACCAUGGACUCUGAGCGAAGAAACAGUGCUGCUCAAUCAUCAUUACCAACUUGGGGACGUCAUCGAGCGUGGUCCGUUAAGCACAGUUUAUCGUGCUGUACAUCGUAUAACUUCGAAACUUUAUUCAGUAAAAAGCAUCGACUUACAAAAAUAUUCUGCCACUUCAGGAUUAACCCGAACAGACGUGGAUAAUGAAAUUGAGAUUUGUGCUGUGUUGAAACAUCCUUUCUUGUGUGAAUUAAAAGAUGUGAUAGCUGGAGAAAAAGCUGUUCAUAUGGUUUUUGAAUUUCUCGAUGGUGAUGACAUAUGCUUUGAAAUUGUUAAGCGAGCCAGUGCUGGUUUUGUUUAUAGUGAAGCUGUUGCCAGUCAUUACAUGAGACAAUUAAUGCAAGCGCUAGAAUACAUGCAUGGCCAAGGGAUUAUCCAUCGCGAUAUUAGACCGCACAAUGUUGUUCUUGCAAGUAAAGAUAAUUCAGCACCUCUAAAACUGACUGGUUUUGGUGUUUCUUUGAAGUUACCUGCCCCAGCUGCAACUGUUCGAGCUGGCCGUGUAGGAGUAUCCUAUUUUAUGGCUCCCGAGGUCGUAAGUGAUGUGGAAUACGGCACAAAAGCGGAUAUGUGGAGCGCUGGUGUAUUACUUUACAUACUUCUUUGUGGACGUUUGCCAUUUGUUGGCACUCGACAAGGAAUAUAUGAAGGUAUCACCGAGGGGAGAUAUUCACAUCACGGGGGUACUUGGCAACAAAUUAGCGAUUCGGCGAAGGAUUUGCUGAUCAGAUUGCUCACCGUAAAUCCAAACAACAGGAUAUCUGCAGAAGGUGCCUUAAAUCAUGAAUGGUUACGUGAACGUAGUCGUUUUGCUCCUCGUAAACAUUUGCAAAGUACUGUAGAACAAAUUCGAAGGUAUAAUGCACGUAGAAAAUUGAAAAGCGAUAUAUUAUCGGCCGUAAACAACAAAAAGUGGGCAGAAGGGUGCGGUUGUUCGACUGGUACAGACACGAGUGCUGUCGCAAUUACAGCACAUUCAGAUUCUGUGGUCAGUGGUGAUCUGUUACCAGGAGGUGACACAUGCGACGCGGAUGGUUGUACAAGACGUGGUCCGGAGCGAGUAAUACCUAAAGAUUUGUUCGGUGUCGAAAAGAUUUUGUUAUCACUGGAUCAGAUAGCUGCGCUUGUAGAUGCACCAUUCACUUCCGAAACUAUGGAUCCAUUUCUGAUAAAUUUAUCGCUGGAAAAUACGGAUCUAAAAACAUUACUGAUGCUAUAUGAUCGGAUAUCGAAUCUAUCGAUUCAACCAUUAGUAUUGGAGCAUGAUUCUGCUAGUUAUGCUAGAGAGUUAUGCGUACAAAUUGGCGGGUUCUUGCAACCUUCAGCUGAAGCAGUAGAAUUACGACAGUUACUUGAAUCACAAGAAAUUGAGGCAGUGUUACAAGCAUACGAUGUAAUAAUCCAUGAAAUUUAUGAGGGUAAUGCUCGUGUCAAUUGCACCGCAGCGGAAAUAAGUGGCAAUAAUGAAAAAAUUGUCCAUCAACAACAAAGUGCGCUUCCACAAAUGUCUGUUCAGGCGUCCACAUCAUCGCAGUUACCAUUUUCAUACCUUAACGGUGGUGUACUUCGAACGCAGACAUCUCACGCAGUUACAUCUUCCUUUGGUACUGCGGCGAACGAGCUACAGCAGCCGUUCGGGCUAUCGCUUCAUGAUGAUGAUGAUCUGAUGAUGGAUUCCGUCAGUCGAGUACGCUUAGUGCAAUUUCAGAAAGAUACCGAAGAACCGAUGGGAAUUACUUUGAAGGUGACGGAAGAUGGUCGAUGCCAAGUGGCUAGAAUCAUGCAUGGUGGAUUGAUACAUAGGCAGGCAACUCUUCAUGUUGGUGAUGAAAUUCGUGAAAUCAAUGGUGUCAAUGUGCUGAAUCAAAGCGUUGAAAUGCUACAGCGGUUGUUGCGCGACGCACGUGGUGCCGUGACAUUCAAGAUAGUCCCAUCCUACCGCAGUGCUCCACCAGCAUGCGAAAUAUUUGUCCGAGCUCAAUUUGACUAUGAUCCGGGACAAGAUGACUUGAUUCCAUGUCCACAGGCCGGCGUUCCAUUUAAAACCGGCGAUAUUCUCCAGGUGAUAUCAAAAGAUGAUCAUAUUUGGUGGCAAGCGCGAUAUAUCUCUCAGUUUCCAGCUCUUGGAAAUGGUGGUCCCAGUGGUACACAUACUCCGGGUGCCUCGGUUGCUGGUUUAAUACCAUCACUGGAGUUGCAGGAAUGGAGAACUGCUUGUUUGGCUAUGGAACAAGCUAAAGACAAUACUCAUUGUAUGUGGCUCAACAAGAAAAAAAAAUAUUAUACAACCAAGUAUCUUCAGAAACAUUCCGCUUUAUUCGAUCAGCUUGAUCUCGUCACUUAUGAAGAGGUGGUACGUUUGGCAACAUACAGACGUAAAACGUUAGUAUUGCUGGGCGCUCAUGGUGUUGGCCGAAGGCACAUCAAAAAUACACUUAUUCAUAGGCAUCCACAAAGGUUUGCCUAUCCUAUACCGCAUACAACAAGACAGCCAAGAAAAGACGAAAUUGAUGGGAAACAUUACUAUUUUGUAUCUAAUGAUUGUAUGCUUACCGAUAUUCAAGCAAAUGAAUACUUGGAGUAUGGGACCAACGAGGAGUGCAUGUAUGGUACCAAACUGGAAACAAUUCGCAAUAUUCACAGGACAGGAAAAAUGGCUAUCUUGGAUGUCGAACCUCAAGCGCUGAAAGUUCUCAGGACAGCUGAGUACGCUCCAUUUGUUGUUUUUAUUGCUGCACCAAAUCUGCACGGUUUACAAGAUCCAGAUGGUAGCUUGGAACGUUUGCUGCGAGAAAGUGAAAUUCUUCGGCAGGCAUUUGGACACCUUUUUGAUUACGUGAUACUGAAUAACGAUAUUGAUGAGACAAUUCGACAACUGGAGCUUGUAGUGGAGAAACUUAACGCCUGUCCACAGUGGGUGCCAGUUUCCUGGAUCUAUUAA